CUCGCAGAUAGAUCUGCAUCGAAGCAACGAACCGAACGAAGCCUUUAUCCUUCUUGGCUGACACCUAAGACAGUUGCUGAGAUGGAGAAAGCCUCCCACUCAAUGACAUAGACCCGAAUUUUCUUUCAUGUGUGUGUGUUGCAUGUGUUCAUGCAGACGUCGCACGUCGCCCAGUCAAACAACAAUGGUGAAAGUCCUCGUGCCCAUCGUGAGCGACACACACACCGUCUAUCCACCUGCGGCCAUUCAUUAUGUGCGCAUGCGGUGGUGUGUCGCUUCCUGUCCUGCAGGCGAACAGUUCGGAGGAGAUUGAGACCGUCUGCAUCGUCGACACACUCAGACGAGCUGGUGCGACGCAUAGAAAGAGAAAAAUCCCCAGUGGGCGGGCGGGAUCUGGUUUGUGUGUUCAUGUGUGGUGCGUCCUAUAUGUGUGUGUGGUGUGCAGGUGCUGAUGUGACGGUUGCCUCUGUGGAGGACUCGAAGCUGUGCGUCAUGUCACGGAAAGUCAAAAUGGUCAGCCAGCUGCCACAGGCUCGCGCACACACAUGGAUGGAGACCAUGUGUGCUCUUUCUGUGUGUGUGUGCAGGAGGCUGACGUGCUGAUUGGGGAGUGCCAGGGCCAAGACUGGGACUGCCUCGUGGUAGGUCCAUACACACACUGCGCACACACGAGAUGAGCCUCAUGCCAUCAUGAGUGACAUGCUCCCUCCCUCCCUCCCCUCCCCGUGUUGCGCUGCAGCUCCCUGGCGGCAUGCCCGGCGCCGUAAUGACUAUCAAUGAACGAACCAACACACAGACGGAUCGUUACCAAAGCAACGGGCUGUGUGUGUUCCUCCCUCCCUCCCCAGGAGAGCCUCUCCAAGUGUGCCGCGCUGACGGAGCUGCUCAAGACACAGAAACAAAAGGACAAACACUACGCCGGUAGGUACCUCGAGCAAUCCAUGUGUCCACAUACAGCUAGCUCCCUUCACCGCCCAUAUUUAUGCGAUGGAUGGAUGGAUGCAGCCAUCUGCGCCGCGCCCGCGGUGGUCUUGGCCGAGCAUGGGCUGCUGGAGGGACACAAGGCAGUCUGGUGGGUGCGACAGACACACACAGAGAAGACGGCCACAUCGCCAGUAUGCAUAUGUGUGUGUGUGUGUGUGUGUCUGUGGGUGUGGGUGUGUGCCAUCAGCUAUCCUAACCCUAAGUUCCAGGCGAAGCUGGGCAGCCCCGAAAAAGACCGAGUCUGCGUGUCGGGCAAAUGUGGUGGGUGUUGAUUGAACACGUGCUGAUCUCUAUUUGUCCUGUCUGCCUGCAUUGCACUCUGUGUGUGUCGUGUGCGUCGAUCUCUCAGUGACGUCGAUCGGGCCCGGCUCGUCGCUGGAGUUUGCGUGCAAGCUGGUGGAGGUUAGUGAGCAAAGGGGACAGACAGACAGAUGGACGGAGAGAAGGGGGUGGGCCGAAUGUGCUGCGUGUGCAACCCUCCUUCAGUUGCUGUUUGACAAGGAGGCGGCGGACAAGCAGCGUGACGCACUGCAGAUGCCUGCUGCGGCCCGUUAGCUGCCCGUAGCGACAAACCACUAUCGCUUUCUCGUCAAUUGCCAAUUGAGUGGCCGGGCGGACUGGAGGUGUGGCAUAGAGUCG